AUGUCAAUUAAAGAAAAUUUAGAAGCAAUCAUUAAAGGUAUCCAAGAAAAUAGAAUCUUAGAAGUAUUUGAUAAAUAUUACCAUAAUGAUGUUGUAAUGUAUGAAAAAGGUGAUUCAACCAACCGUGUUGGUAAAGAAGCCAAUCGUAAAGCUGAAGAAUCAUUCGUAAACAAUGCAACCAUUCAUGAAGCAAAAUUAACCAAAAUCUUAGUCGAUGGUAAUAACACUGCCUAUGAAAUGUAUAUGGAUUUCACUUAUGGUGGUCACAAAGUUGCUAAAACUCAAUGGGCUUUACAAGAAUGGAAAGAUGGUAAAGUCAUCAAAGAAGAAUUUUAUUAA